CCCUUUACUACCUCCCAUCUCCAGGACCCUCUCACCAGUGUCACCACCGCCAUGACAUGAGGAGGGUUAGUUAGGAUUCACGUGGUGUUCAUCGUUCGUUCAUAUUGGGGCUGUCUUGUUUCAUCGCCACCUGUCGCGUUAUUUCAUCAACUCUCCUCAACAUGUGGGACGGACUUUUUAUGCUGCUCACUCUGAGCACUGUCAUGGCAAUUGCCUCCUUCCUCGCCGGCAUCCUUCCUCUCUCCUUCACCCUGUCGCCGCGCCAGCUCCGCUUCAUAACCCUCCUCGGUACCGGCGUCCUUGUCGGCACGGCGCUCAUUGUCAUCAUACCCGAGGGCAUUGAGACUAUGUACAGUGCCGCUGGGAAGGGACACGCACAUGGGACUCGAGAUGUCCAGCUCCCGUCCAUCUCAGGCCAGCAGAAGGAUCUGAAACACCCUGGCCAAUUUCCUUCGAUAGAAAGAUCAGAAGCAAGUGAAUUCCUCCCACUGGAGAGGUCGGAGGCAGUCGAUACCAGUUUCGUGAGAGGCGGUGCCGUCAAAGCCCCUGCGGCCAUCAUUGUCGAGAGGACUCCUGAAGACAAGCCAAAACAGGAAGGAAAGAAGGCGGACGAAGACGAGCCGAAGCCGCAGAAAGGUGGUGACGACGAUUCAACUGAAGGCCAUAAAGAAGGCCACAACCGCAUUCAUGCUCCUGAGGGCCAGGGCAAUGAUGGAGGCCCCGACGAGGAACGCGAUCCGCACGCCUAUGUUGGGGUGGCUUUGGCCUUGGGUUUCAUUCUCAUGUUUCUGGUGGACCACCUCCCGGCGACGCUGGCCUCUGCAAAGCCAAAGUACCAACCCCUCCACAUCUCGCUCUCUGACCUGUCCCGAGGGCCACACAAUUCUUCUACUGCAACCCUCACUUCCUCUCCACCUCCCGGUCCUGAGCCAACACCUCCGUCUCGAUCUUCAUCAACCACCAUCGGUCUCAUAAUCCAUGCGUGCGCAGACGGGAUAGCACUUGGGGCUUCCUCAACCGCACCGUCAACGGCUCUAUCUCUAAUCAUCUUCCUCGCAAUCAUGCUCCAUAAAGCCCCGGCCGCCUUCGGGUUGACCUCCGUCCUCCUCAAACAAGGACUCUCAAAGCGGACUGCACGAACGCACCUCAUAUUCUUCAGCUUAGCCGCUCCUGCUGGUGCUGUGGCGACAUGGGCGAUUGUGAAUUUCCUAGGACGAACUCGACUUGGGGGAGAGGAUGGCUUAGCCUUCACGACAGGUUGGAUAUUAUUGUUCUCUGGGGGCACUUUCUUAUAUGUGGCCAUGCAUUCAAUGACGGAGAUGACGUCGCCUUCCCUUUCCCACGACGAUCCGACCGCAAAUGGGUACAUAACCAGUAGCAGCCGGGGGGAGAAGAGUGCGCUCUCUAAAUCUGACAUUGCUACUGCGACAGUGGGAAUGCUCGUGCCCCUGGUGACGCAGGUGGGGCAUGUGCAUUAGGGCGUUUGUCAUUUGGGAGGAGUGCAUACAAGGACGGCGAAAUCGAUCUCAAUGCUUGGGUAAAGGGACUUUAAACACACAAUGAUACCAUCGAGCUGUUGACAUAUCACAGCUACGAAUAUGCAAGAUUGGUCUUAGAUUUUAGUUUUAGUUUAGCGUUGUUUUCCUUUCUAGUUGAUGCAUUAUUUCUUAAGCAC